AAAAUCCGUCCGCAUCGCCCGAGCCCCGCUACCGAGAAGGGCGCCGCUUCCCCCGGGGAGGGGGACAGAGACCCCCCGCCGCCGGUCCAUGAGGAUAUUGCCGUGAAAGGCUCAGCGGCUGCAGCAGGAACCGGACCCGGCACCGGAGCGGCGGCGGCGGCGGCGGCAGCGGCGGCGGUACCGCCUCCUCACCCGGCGGCGGCGGCGGCGGCAGCGGCGGCGGCGGCAGCAGCAGCGGCAGCGGCAGCGGCGGCCCCUCCUCACCCCAACAUCAGGGCCCUCCAGACCCCGGCGCCCCAACAAAUUCCUAGAGGACCCGUACAACAGCCUCUGGAGGAUCGGCUCUUCCCUCCCACGGUCUCCACAGUCUACAGCACGGUAACACAGGUAGCAAGACAACCGGGACCCCCAACCCCUUCCCCUUACUCAGCACAUGAAAUAAACAAGGGGCACCCCAAUCUUGCGGCCACGCCCCCGGGACAUGCAUCGUCCCCUGGACUCUCUCAAUUUUUCCAGAGGCCUCAACUCCAGCCACCCCGAGCUACCAUCCCAAACAGCAGCCCUUCCAUCCGUCCUGGUGCGCAGACUCCCACUGCCGUCUAUCAGGCAAAUCAGCACAUCAUGAUGGUUAACCAUCUGCCUAUGCCGUACCCCGUGCCCCAAGGGCCUCAGUACUGUAUACCACAGUACCGCCACGGUGGGCCACCAUACGUGGGGCCCCCACAGCAGUAUCCGGUUCAGCCACCAGGGCCAGGGCCUUUUUAUCCUGGACCAGGACCUGGAGACUUUGCUAAUGCUUACGGAACGCCUUUUUACCCAAGUCAGCCAGUGUAUCAGUCAGCACCUAUCAUAGUGCCUACGCAGCAACAGCCCCCUCCAGCCAAGAGAGAGAAAAAAACUAUAAGAAUUCGAGAUCCAAAUCAGGGAGGUAAAGACAUAACAGAGGAGAUUAUGUCUGGAGGUGGCAGCAGAAACCCUACUCCACCUAUAGGAAGACCCACAUCCACACCCACUCCUCCUCAGCAGCUGCCCAGCCAGGUCCCCGAGCACAGCCCUGUGGUAUAUGGGACUGUGGAGAGCGCUCAUCUUGCUGCCAGCACCCCUGUCACUGCAGCUAGCGACCAGAAGCAAGAAGAAAAACCAAAACCAGAUCCAGUGUUCCAGUCUCCUUCCACAGUCCUUCGGCUCGUCCUUAGUGGGGAGAAGAAAGAGCGAGCAGGCCAAGUGCUCGAGACUCCUGCAGGAGAGCCCACCCCAGAGCCUCCUCGGACAUCAUCGCCUACCACCCUUCCUCCACUUACCCGAAGUUCUAUUCCUUCCCCUACUUCCGCCACCCUUAGCAGCCAGCCACUCUUCACCACUGUUCUCGAGGACAAGUGUGACCUUUCUUCCUCAAAAGAAGAUGCACUUCCUGUACCCAGCCCCACGUCUUGCACAGCAGCCUCAGACCCUUCACUAACAGAUGACAAUGAUAUAUGCAAGAAACCCUGUAGUGUAGCACCUCACGAUAUUCAGCUCAUUUCUAGUACUAAUCUAAUUAAUGAAAUGAAUGGCGUUGGUGAAAAAUUACCAGCCAAGGAAAGCAUUGUGGACAUGGUAAAACAGGAAGUGCUGCCAUUGACUCUUGAACUGGAGAUUCUGCAACAUCCCCAGGAAGAAAUGAAAGCGGAGUGUACCCCGACUCCUGUCACCCCUUCCACGCUGCCUUCCUUUUCCCCAGCGCCUCUGACCCCCCCAUCGUCUGCCCCUUGCACCCCUGUCAUUUCUGCCACCACUGCUCGUUCUGUUGCUGCCACUGUGGUCCCGAGAGUCGCCGAAGAGGGAGAGAGCAUAAGAACUUGCCUUAGCGAGGAUGCAAACGAGACUCAGAACAAAACAGAGGCAGAAGCAGAUGGGCAAACAGAAGAGACUGUGGAUUCUCAGACCUUAAAUUCACGAAGGAGCCCCGCCCCAGUGCAAACAGCCACCAUUGCACCAAAGACAUGGAAGAAAGCGAAAGAUCGGACCCGAACCCCAGACGAGGUUUUAGAGGCAGAGACGGAGCCUAAAGCUGAAGAAGAGCUUCCAGUUGACAGAGCACUUGAACCUGAGCAAGAGAAAAGCCAAGGGUUUCACUUUGAGAGAGACCCCUCUGCCCUGAAAAGAGUGAAGGCUGGGGAAGAAAAUGGCGAAGAAGCUGAGCCUCUGCGCAAUGGUGCAGAGAGUAUUUCUGAGGGCGAAGGAGGCGAUGCCAACUCAGGCUCCACUGAUAGUUCUGGAGAUGGGAUCACAUUCCCAUUUAAAGCAGAGUCCUGGAAGCCUGCGGAUACAGAAGGCAAGAAGCAGUAUGACAGGGAGUUCCUGCUGGACUUCCAGUACAUGCCUCCCUGUAUCCAAAAACCAGAGGGCCUGCCUCCCAUCAGCGACGUGGUUCUCGACAAGAUCAACCAGCCCAGAUUGCCAGUGCGAACCCUGGACCCUCGCAUUUUGCCUCGCGGACCUGACUUCACCCCAGCCUUUGCAGAUUUUGGAAGGCAGACGCCUGGUGGAAGAGGCGUGCCUUUGUUGAAUGUUGGACCUCGGAGGUCUCAGCCUGGCCAGAGAAGGGAGCCCAGAAAGAUCAUCACCGUCUCUGUCAAAGAAGAUGUGCACUUGAGAAAGGCGGAGAACGCCUGGAAGCCUAGCCAGAAGCGGGACAGCCUUGCCGACGACCCCGAAAGCAUUAAAACGCAGGAACUUUUCAGAAAAGUUCGGAGUAUCUUAAAUAAACUAACACCACAGAUGUUCAACCAGCUAAUGAAGCAAGUGUCGGGACUUACCGUGGACACAGAGGAGCGGCUGAAAGGAGUCAUUGACCUGGUCUUUGAGAAGGCUAUUGAUGAACCCAGCUUCUCCGUGGCCUAUGCAAACAUGUGUCGAUGCCUAGUAACGCUGAAGGUACCCAUGGCGGAGAAACCUGGUAACACGGUGAAUUUCCGGAAGCUGCUGCUAAAUCGCUGCCAGAAGGAGUUUGAAAAAGAUAAAGCAGAUGAUGAUGUCUUUGAGAAAAAGCAGAAAGAACUGGAAGCUGCCAGCGCUCCAGAGGAAAGGACAAGGCUUCAUGAUGAACUGGAAGAAGCCAAGGACAAAGCCCGGCGGAGGUCCAUCGGCAACAUCAAGUUUAUUGGAGAACUCUUCAAACUCAAAAUGCUGACGGAGGCCAUCAUGCAUGACUGUGUGGUGAAGCUGCUGAAGAACCAUGAUGAAGAGUCUCUGGAGUGCCUGUGUCGCCUGCUCACCACCAUCGGCAAAGACCUGGACUUUGAGAAAGCAAAGCCACGUAUGGACCAGUACUUUAACCAGAUGGAGAAAAUUGUCAAAGAAAGAAAAACUUCAUCCAGGAUUCGAUUCAUGCUUCAGGAUGUGAUAGAUCUCAGGCUGUGUAAUUGGGUGUCCCGGAGAGCAGAUCAGGGGCCAAAAACUAUCGAACAGAUUCAUAAAGAGGCCAAAAUAGAAGAACAAGAAGAGCAAAGGAAAGUCCAGCAGCUGAUGACCAAGGAGAAGAGAAGACCAGGCGUUCAAAGAGUGGAUGAAGGUGGAUGGAAUACUGUUCAGGGGGCCAAGAACAGUCGAGUUCUGGACCCCUCCAAAUUCUUGAAAAUCACUAAGCCCACCAUUGAUGAGAAGAUCCAGCUGGUUCCGAAGGCGCAGCUGGGCAGCUGGGGCAAAGGCAGCAGCGGUGGAGCAAAGGCGAGCGAGUCGGAUGCCUUACGGUCAAGUGCUUCCAGUUUAAAUAGAUUCUCUCCUCUGCAACCUCCAGCACCUUCAGGGUCCCCAUCAGCCACACCGUUAGAGUUUGAUUCCCGAAGGGCAUUAACCAGUCGUGGGAGCAUGGGCAGAGAGAAGAGUGACAAGCCGACUCCAGCUGGAGCAGCCCGUCCCAGCACUUUCCUGAGGGGCAGUAGCAAAGAUCUGCUGGACAACCAGUCUCAGGAGGAGCAGCGCAGAGAGAUGCUGGAGACCGUGAAGCAGCUGACUGGAGGCGUGGAUGCCGAGAGGGCCAGCUCCGAGGCGGACCGAAGCAAGACGAGGGAGCUAGUGAAACCAGACAUGUGUGCAGUGUCAGCCCCUGACAAGCCUGCACUGUCGGAAGAGGAAGUGGAGAGGAAGUCCAAGUCUAUCAUUGAUGAAUUCCUACAUAUCAAUGACUUCAAGGAGGCCACGCAGUGCAUAGAGGAGCUGAGUGCCCAGGGCCCACUGCAUGUUUUUGUGAAGGUGGGUGUGGAAUUCACCCUGGAACGGAGCCAGAUCACCAGGGAUCACAUGGGCCACUUGCUGUAUCAGCUGGUGCAGUCAGAAAAACUCAGCAAGCAGGACUUUUUCAAAGGUUUUUCCGAAACCUUGGAAUUGGCAGAUGACAUGGCUAUUGAUAUUCCCCAUAUUUGGUUGUACCUGGCUGAACUAGUCACCCCCAUGUUAAAAGAAGGGGGAAUUUCCAUGAGAGAACUUAUUGUAGAAUUUAGCAAGCCUUUACUUCCCGUUGGAAGAGCUGGGGUCCUGCUUUCUGAAAUACUGCACCUUCUAUGCAAACAGAUGAGCCAUAAGAAAGUAGGUGCCUUAUGGAGGGAGGCUGACCUCAGCUGGAAGGACUUUUUACCGGAAGGGGAAGAUGUACAUAACUUUCUCUCGGAACAGAAAUUGGACUUUAUAGAGUCCGAAGGUUCCUGCUCCUCUGAAGCACUUUCAAAGAAAGAACUCUCUGCUGAGGAACUGUCUCAGCGUCUGGAGAAACUCAUCAUGGAGGACAGAGCAGACGACGAGCGGAUAUUUGACUGGGUAGAGGCUAAUCUGGACGAAAGCCAGAUGAGUUCACCUACAUUCCUCAGAGCUUUAAUGACGGCCGUUUGCAAAGCAGCUAUUAUAGCUGACUGUUCUACCUUCAGAGUGGACACUGCUGUGAUCAAACAGAGGGUGCCCAUCUUACUCAAGUACCUAGACUCAGACACGGAGAAGGAACUACAAGCACUUUAUGCACUACAAGCAUCAAUAGUCAAACUUGACCAACCUGCCAACUUGCUCCGGAUGUUUUUUGAUUGCCUGUAUGAUGAGGAGGUGAUCUCAGAGGAUGCCUUCUACAAAUGGGAGAGCAGCAAGGACCCUGCAGAGCAGAAUGGGAAGGGCGUGGCCCUCAAGUCUGUCACAGCAUUUUUCACGUGGCUGCGGGAAGCAGAAGAGGAGUCCGAGGAUAACUAAAACUUCAAAUACACAAACGAAACAAAAGAAACAAUUUAAGUAUUUUUUUAAAAAGUUUCACGUCUUCGCCAAUCACAGUGCAGCAAGGCCAACUCUCGCAGAAACCCCACGUGUGCACGAGUGGGUGAGGGCAAAGGAGACAGGUGAUCAUGGAGGCUAAAGGUGCUGGAUCGCGGAGCCAGCACCCCUGAGGGCGGGAGCUCGCAAACCAAAAUACAUGUACUAUUUAUAGAAAAUA